AUGACUGACCUGACUGCCUCUGACACGGAGGCGGAUGACGCAGCCGAUGCCCGGGCCGUUCGACAGCAGGUCCUCGCGUUUGGUCAGGGCCCCGCGCCGCCCGGCAGCAGCGGAGUGGGCACGACGACGCCAGCUGCAGCGGCGGUCGCCGAGACAUCCUUCAGCGCGGUGGACGAAAUCCGCGGACGUGCAUCGACGACCUUCCGUCCAACGACGCUGGAGCAGCAGAUACACAAUGCUAUCGGUCACCCGGACCACCAAGGUAAGGAUGCUCAAUGUAUUCUCGAAUGUGCUCAGCAGGCUCGUGAAACCCGCUUUCGUGCUGCUCAUCCAAUUCUCCGCGGCGCGUUCGAUUUUGGGUUCCACAUUCGCGGUCUUUCGGUUAUGCACUUUGCCCACGAAUCACGCAUUUCGACAAUGGAGGCGAGCGGGGCGGUGGUCAACAUGACGGAUUUCUCUAGGAAGAACGGUCUGCAGCCCGCGGCGGCCGAGCCGUCCUAUACCGGGCUGCUCGAGGCGCUCACGAGUUUGCGCCACUUCGGACGCAAGUUUUACAACGCCGCCACGGUGGACGUGCUGAACGCCGCCAUCACUUUCAUCGAGGAAUUCGCCGAUGGUGGCGACCCGGACCGCGAGACGACCAAGCGCCUUCUGCUGUGGAUCAACAUGAAGCUGGGCAAGUUUCGUGGGCUGGUCAUCUCGGUGGGGCUAGCGGCUGCCGUCCGCGUCACUGACGAGUUUACGCUUCAAGACUCACUCCUCUCGGAGCUGCUGUACAAUCUACAGAAGGCCAAGUUGGACAAGCUGACAGCGAUGAUCGAGGCGCAGCAGCACCCGUCGCCGAAGGUCCGCUCGAAGGGCAAGGAACACCAACUGGCGAAGCUCACAGGAAGAAUCCCCAAGUCGGUGGCGCGAGGUCUGCCCAAGCAAGGUUCGCAGCAACUUUGUCUCAAGCACCUGUCCAAGAUGGGGUGCAGCGGCAACGGCACACCCGGGCAGUGCUUCGCGAAAGGGCGAGCCCACUUUCGCCCUACGGCCUUGUCGAGUGAGGCCAAGGACCACAUCAAGCAGCACUUCGGAGGUCUCGCGCCGGAAUUCGCCGAUCUCUGA